UCUCCCCUUCGGCGGCAGUUUUGGCCGCGUCCUUCCCUCCCUGCUCUCCUCCCUCCUUCUCUGCCUCGCCUGGCGGGCUAUGGCCGCUUCCGAUGCCGAUCGGUAUCUGCAAAAUGUUGGCUGUCGAACUUUGUCCUUGUCUGCACAUGUUGGGUUUGAUAGCUUGCCUGACCAGCUGAUUAGGAGAUCCAUCAAGCAUGGCUUCUGCUUCAACAUUCUUUGCAUUGGGGAAACUGGAAUUGGGAAAUCAGCCUUGAUGAGCAGUUUGUUUAACAUCAACUUUGAGGACUCUCCAUCAACACAUUUUCUGUCAAGCGUGCGACUUAGAGCCCGGACUUAUGAACUCCAGGAAAGUAAUGUCCUUUUGAAGCUGACUGUUGUAAAAACAGUGGGAUUUGGUGACCAGGUGAACAAAGCAGACAGCUAUCAGCCAAUAGUGGAUUAUAUAGAUGCACAAUUUGAAGCCUAUCUCGAGGAGGAACUGAAAGUUAUACGUUCUUUAUUUAGUUACCAUGAUACUCGCAUCCAUGUCUGCCUCUAUUUCAUUUCACCUACAGGCCGUUCUCUAAAAACCAUAGAUUUAUUAACUAUGAGAAGCCUAGACAGUAAGGUCAACAUUAUACCAGUUAUAGGCAAAGCAGACAGCAUUUCUAAAACUGAUCUACAAGAGUUCAAGAAGAAAAUAAUGAGUGAAUUAGUUAGUAAUGGCAUCCGGAUAUACCAGUUUCCUACUGAUGAUGAAACCGUUUCUGAGAUUAAUACCAUCACAAAUGGUUGUUUGCCAUUUGCCGUGGUUGGAAGUAUGGAGAAGGUGAAAAUUGGAAACAAAAUGGUGAGAGCUCGUCAAUACCCUUGGGGCAUUGUAAAAGUGGAAAAUGAGAGCCACUGUGACACUAUAAAGCUUCGCAGAAUGCUUUGCACAAAUAUGGAAGACUUGAAAGAGAAGACUCGUGCAUAUUAUGAGUUGUACAGACGCUGCAGACUGGAAAAGUUGGGCUGCAGAGACAUUAGCCCGGAGAACAAACCGGUCAGGUACUGACUAAAUUUGAACAUCUUGCACUAAUGCAUCAAGAAGAGGAGUUGAAAUUAGGGGAAAAGAAAAAACUUCUAGAAGAUGAAAUAGCUCAGUUUAUUGAAAAGAAAGCUAUCACUGUAUCGAUUCAGUCACAAGUGCCUGUCUCUACCCCUGUUGUUAGUUCGAAGACACAAGGACUGCAAAAAGUAAGUGCUGAUGCUAGUCAUCAGAGGCAGCAAUAAAAAAAUUCUUCACAUUCACUUUUAUAACUCAGAUUUCAGUAAUCUUUUAGAAAAGACAGGAACAUGCUCCUAUUCUGUGAUAAGAAGACAGAAGUGCGUAAAAUACCCUCAUGCUUGGAUUUACUUUUGGAGUAAUUUUUGUUUGUUCUAUGAGCAUUGUUUUGUCUUUUCUUUUCUUUUUUCCAUGAAAGAACCAAGAUUUUCAACUUGAAGUCCAAUGCUUUCAUGUCAGAGAUGAAGGAACUAUGAAUGUUGGAGAGCAGAGCAAGAGGGAGAGUGAGAAGGAGGAGUUAGAAAGAGAAAUUCACCCAGGGAAUUUCAGGAAUAGUAUUUGAUUGCAGCACUCAGGUUUUGAAUGUAGGAUAUGUUAUUAGUUUUAUGAAGCAGUCUAACUACUGUUGGCCCAUAUUAGAUGUGUCUUCCUAGUACAGAUUUUUGAGAGAAGAGAUUGAUAAAAUUUGCUGUAAAAACACGAAGUGCAGAAUAUGACCCAAUAAAGAUUUCACUUUCUUCCCACCCACCCACUUCUUUCUUUCACCACUCUCAAAGUUGAGUUGAAUAAAUUGUGAAAAUUCAGAAAUACUUUCAAAAGUAGUGUUCAGAAUAACAUGCCAAAUUGAUUUAUAUGAAAAACAUUGAAUUAAAUACUCAUAUAAUAAAUUAAAUUGACUUAAAUGUUUUUCCCCUCCCAAACCAGAACUGAAUUGACUUACUCAUUUUUUUUCCUGAUAGCUUACAAAUUUACUGCAGAUAACAUUUUGUUAAUUAAUAACUUCCUGCAGUUGAAAACAGAUUUCUUGGUUCUGAAUUUAUUUAUAACUGCUAGAUUCUGAAGAACUUUAGAAGCUACAUUGGUGCACAUAUUUCCACAGAUAUCAUUAAGCUCUGACAUUUUUGGGGUGUAUGCUAGAAGCCUAAUUUGGACAAAAUUCAUAACAUUUCAACUGUUGUUACCGAAUCCCUUUUCUUCGAUUCCUUUGAUUCUGGAUUUACAUAUGAAAGUGGAAUUCUUGGUAACAGAAGUCAUUAUCUGCAGUACUAUGAGUAACUCUUCUUCAGAGUAUGUUAAGUGUAUAUGCUUGCCAUGGUUUUUCAGUUCCAGCUUUAUGUAAUACUGAUGACAGAAGACACAAUAAUGAUAAUUUCUCAUGAGAAAGCAGUGAUUCAUGGUGUGCUCUUGAAGGUAUAAGAG